AUGAGGACCCCCAGGCUAAGCCCAGUUGCCAGGCUGGGCUUCCUCCUGCUGGCCAUGGCCUCCCUGUGCACCGCCAAGGCGGCCAAGCGUCCGCCCCCGCCCUCCACGCUGAACCCCCGCUCCCUCUACACCGCCGGCAAUGCCAUCUACUGGGCAGACGGCACACGCUUCUCCGGGCGUGGGGUGAACGCUCACGACGCGCGUUCUUGCGUGGCCUGCGUGGGGCGGCAGAACAUGACUGAAGUGAGGCGCCGCAUCGACUUUGCCAUCACAUCCAUGUGCUACCCCAACUGCAACCUGGAUGCUGCCUACCUGGCAGACAUCGACGCCCUGCUGGGGUACAUAGGCGCCACCUACCCGCGCGUCCAACUGCUGCUCAGCGCAUGGGCCAGCAAGCUGGCCUGGGGCCAGACCACGCUGGGCUGGCCCACCGCCACCACCAAUGCGCGCUGGCAGCAGGUGGUGUCGGCUGUGGGGCACCACCCGCACGUGUGGUUUGGGGUGGUGAACGAGCCAGAGUACAACUUCAAUGGCGGGCAGGAUGCGCAGGGCCGUCAGGUGUGGCAGGCCAUGAAUUCUGCUGUGGCCGCCAUCCGCGAGCAGGAGGCAGCCCUGGGGCAGCCACCACACAUCGUGACGGUGCAGGGCACGCGGGCCUGGGGCCGCACCCUUGCCUACUAUCUCACCAACCCCAUCACCGCGGGGCAGGGUAUCAACGUGGUCUACGAGACUCAUGCCUCCACGGGACUCGGCGGCACGGCGUUUGGGCCCAAGCUUGCUGCCGGCGCCGCCGUGCCCGGGGGGCAGCGCGGCGGCGGCGGCACGCUGCGACGCCCCCGUGCUGCCGAGCUGCGGCCGUAG